AUGAACAAGCUGAUAUAUUUUGGUGUUAUUCUUGAUCCAAGAUUCAAGUUAAGAUAUGUUGAAUGGACUUUUAAGCAUAUGUAUGGAGUUGGCUUCAAGUUUAGUAGUGACUUGCUCAAAACUAUAAAAGAGAGUUUGAAAAAGUUGUAUGAUUGGUAUAAGCAAGUUUAUGACCAAAAACAUGGUGUUGGGCAGCCUAUUGGUAGUGGUGGACAAGCGUCCAAUUCUGAAACAAAUAUUGAUGUUGCAUGUUCUUCGAUUAUGGCUAGAGUCGAUGCUUUUGAGAAACAUUUAGAGGAACAGGAUUCGAUUGAUCUACAAAAUGAGCUUGAGGGUUAUCUCUCUAAUAAUGCUUUCAGCACAGGAGAAAGAGUCAUAGAAACCUAUAGGAGCUCUCUAACAGCUGAAAUGGUAGAGGCAUCAAUUUGCACAUAG